AUGUGUGUUCUUGAGAAUAUACCAAAUUGUGACACAAACAAGAUUAUUUUUUGCAUUUUUUUGCAGAAUUCUGUGUUCUCUCCGAGCCCUGUUCUCUCCAGCUGCACUCCAAGAUUGUGUCCUUUAUCCUUUGGCGAAGGAGUUGAGUUUGACCCUUUACCACCAAAGGAAAUAAGGUACACAUCUUCAGUUAAAUACGACUCAGAGAAGCAUUUCAUCGAUGACAUCUAUAUGCCAAUGGGCUUAAGUGUUUCCUCUUGCAGCCAGACGAUCAUCUGUGUCCCAAACUGCACGUGGCGAAAUUACAAAGCGGAGGUCCACUUCGAGCCCCGCAACAAGCCCCGGCGUUUCACCAGCACCACCAUCGUCUACCCAAAGCACGCCAAGACUGUGUACACCACCACGCUGGAUUACAACUGUCGUAAGACCACACGGCGGUUCCUCUCCAGCAUAGAGCUGGAAACGUCAGAGUACCUUGGGAACGACUGUGUCCUGGAUGGUUGCUGA